UCCCCGUGACGAGGCAGCGCGGAGCCGCCGCGGGCCSGGCCCAUCCCGCCGCAGCGGCCCCGGGGCCAAGCAGGGACGAGGCGGGGAGGGAGCAGCGCAGAGCGGGGCCCGGAGAGCGGCCAGAAUGGUGCUGGAAGGAAACCCUGAAGUGGGGACCCCCCGAACCUCAGACCUCCAGCACCCCGGAAACAAGGGCUCUUGCAUCCUUUCUUCCAGUGAAGAUGCACAGCCGGGMGAGGAGCCCAUCAAGUAUGGUGAACUCAUCGUCCUGGGAUGCUGUGAGGAAGGAGGUGAGGAAACCGAGGCUCAGAGAGGGGAAGUGACUGGCCCAAGGGCACACAGCUGCUACAAUGGGUGUCUGGCAAGUGGGGACAAGGGUCGUCGGCGAAGCCGCCUUGCACUGAGUCGCCGGCCACAUGCCAAUGGAGUGAAGCCAGAUGUCAUGCACCACAUCUCUACACCCCUCGUCUCCAAGGCUCUGAGUAACCGAGGCCAGCACAGCAUCUCAUACACACUGUCCCGGAGCCACUCAGUUAUAGUGGAAUACACGCAUGACAGCGACACAGACAUGUUCCAGAUUGGACGCUCCACAGAGAACAUGAUAGACUUUGUGGUAACAGACACAUCCCCUGGAGGAGGGGCUGCAGAGGGCCCUUCUGCCCAGAGCACCAUCUCCCGCUAUGCCUGCCGCAUCCUCUGUGACCGCAGGCCACCCUAUACUGCCCGCAUCUAUGCCGCUGGCUUUGAUGCCUCCAGCAACAUCUUCCUUGGAGAGCGGGCAGCCAAAUGGCGGACCCCCGAUGGCCUGAUGGAUGGCCUGACCACCAAUGGGGUCCUGGUGAUGCACCCUGCGGGAGGCUUCUCAGAAGACUCGGCCCCAGGUGUCUGGCGGGAGAUCUCCGUCUGCGGGAAUGUGUACACACUGCGGGACAGUCGCUCAGCCCAGCAGCGGGGGAAGCUGGUGGAAAAUGAAUCCAACGUGCUGCAAGACGGCUCGCUCAUCGACCUGUGUGGGGCCACACUGCUGUGGCGCACUCCGGCAGGGCUGCUGCGGGCACCCACGCUGAAGCAGCUGGAGGCCCAGCGGCAGGAGGCCAAUGCAGCACGGCCCCAGUGCCCAGUGGGCCUCAGCACCUUGGCCUUCCCCAGUCCAGCCCGCGGUCGCACAGCGCCUGACAAGCAGCAGCCCUGGGUCUACGUCCGCUGCGGUCAUGUCCACGGCUACCACGGCUGGGGCUGCCGGCGGGAACGGGGCCCCCAGGAGCGCGAGUGUCCUCUCUGCCGCCUUGUGGGGCCCUAUGUGCCCCUGUGGCUUGGCCAGGAGGCUGGCCUCUGCCUGGACCCUGGGCCGCCCAGCCACGCCUUUGCACCCUGCGGCCACGUCUGCUCUGAGAAGACUGCCCGCUACUGGGCCCARACGCCGCUACCCCACGGCACCCAUGCUUUCCAUGCCGCCUGCCCCUUUUGUGGGGCCUGGCUUACGGGUGAACAUGGCUGCGUCCGCCUCAUAUUCCAGGGGCCACUGGACUAAGCUCCUGGGRCCUCUGCUGCCGUGCCCGCCUGCCCACCCAGGUCUCCCACCCCCUGCAGCCCAGAUGGAGCUCUGCAUGUGGGACUCUACCUGUUGGCACAUUGCUCACUGGCUGGACACACUGGAUGGGCUGUGACCCUCCCCUGAGCUCUGGUCCCCAGGGAGGUCCCCAAGAUCUCUACCCUAGUCAUACUGAUGAGGGCUUUAGCACCAGUGCUGUUCCAGGCUGAUGGAGGGAGUCAGCCCCAUGCCCCUGCCCUUCCAGGGGCAUCCCACAUCAUGCCGCCUACACUGUGCCCUUGGGGGAGUGAAGGAGCUGUGGUUCCUGACCCCCAGCUUAGGCUGGCUGUGCCCUGAGCCUGCCAAGUCAGUAACAGGUAUCUGUCCUUCCUGAUGCUGCCCYGCCGGGUUCCCCUAUAAACCUUGCUGCUCAGCUGCCC